AUGUCCCGACGAAAAUCUUCGACGACCACCCCAGACAUGGACGAACUCAAAACUACGGCCUUGCACCAGUACCAGGACACAGAUGGCCACUUUUCGCUUGUUAGGAAUUUCCGACUUGCCGACCUUGUUACUAUCAUGAAUGGCGUCUGCGGCUCUUUCUCAAUUUUUUCAUCAGCUCGUUACCUCCUGACGAACGACCCGGAAUACCUUUGGACCGCCAUGAUCUUUCCACUAGCCGGCCUCAUGUUCGAUUUUAUGGAUGGAAAGGUGGCAAGGUGGAGAAAGUCGAGCAGUAUGUUGGGACAAGAAUUGGACAGCUUAGCAGAUCUGAUCUCAUUUGGAGUUGCUCCCUCUCUCCUUGCAUUUGUCGUAGGGCUCAGAACGUAUCUUGAUACGGUGAUACUCACAGGAUUCAUUUGCUGUGGUCUUGCUCGUCUUGCACGAUUCAACGCAACGGUUGCUCUCAUUCCCAAAAACGACGGAGGAAAAGCGAAAUAUUUUGAGGGUCUUCCGAUUCCUUCAUCUCUUGGACUGGUCGGUGUCCUUUCGUACUGGGCAAAGAAAGGUUGGAUUGAAGGGCAGCAAGGCAUCCCAUGGGGCACCACUACUUUAUGGGGUGUCAAGGGAGGACGAGGCGAAGUUCAUUUGGUCAGCUUCAUCUUCGCAUUCUGGGCUGCAGCCAUGGUCAGCAAAACUUUGAGGGUCCCCAAACCCUGA